AUGGCAUCGGACACUAAGGCCUAUCCUUCACCACUGCUGAAGUCAGGUGCACUUGACGACAAGUUCCAAUUCGAAGAAGCAACUCCUGUGAUUGGUCGCGAGUAUCCGACUGUUAACAUUGUUGAUGAUAUCCUCAACGCUUCGAAUGCGGAUGAGCUCAUUCGUGAUCUUGCUAUCACCAUCUCCGAGCGUGGUGUAGUGUUCUUCCGAGCGCAAAACAAUCUCACGGACGCGCUGCAGAAGCAGCUGGUCCACCGACUCGGCCAACUGACCAACAAACCCUCCGACUCGACUCUACAUAUCCACCCAAUUCUGAACAACACCAGCGAGUUCGGAGUAGCUGAUGCAGAAAUAAGUACGAUAAGCUCUCUUCAACGUAAGAAGACAUUUGGCAACCAACAAAACCAGCGCCAUACCGGCAGCCGCCGCUACGAUGCCGCUCAGUGGCACUCUGACAUCCAGUUCGAGCCGGUUCCCGCCGACUACACAUCACUGCGCCUCACCCAGCUCCCUCAGACUGGAGGUGACACACUAUGGGCCUCUGGAUACGAGAUCUACGAUCGAUUCUCACGGGCGUAUCAAGUCUUCUUCGAGAGCCUGACCGCGACGUUCGUUGGCGAUGGGUUCAUCAAGGCGGCAGCCGCCAACCCGGACAAAAUCAAGAUCUACGAUCAGAAGCGUGGAAGCCCCAAAAAUGUUGGUAACGAGUUGACCGCUGUGCAUCCGGUCGUACGGACGAAUCCUGUGACAGGCUGGAAGAGUAUCUUUGCUCUGGGUCCAUUUCCGAAGUACAUCAACGAGUUGAACGAUAAAGAGAGUGAAGAGCUUCUGAAGAAGUUCAAGGACACGAUUUACGAGAACCAUGAUCUGCAAGUCAGGCUCAAGUGGAAGUCAGAGAAUGAUCUCGCUAUUUGGGACAACCGUAGUGCUUUCCAUACUGCUACUAAUGAUUAUGAGGGCCUCGGUGAACGGUUUGGCAACCGGGCUGUUGGCAUUGGAGAGGAGCCCUACUUGGAUCCCAAGAGCAGGUCGAGGACGGAGGUACUGGAAGAGAGGCAACAGAAUGUUAAGGUUGACGCUAAAGGUGGUAUUGAUACGUCUAACACUGUUUCGGCGUGA